CACCACUUUGUACAGACGCUGAAUCUACUGUAACCUACAGGCACGCUGAGUACAGAAGAAUCCUCUGCAAAAAUGAAAGUCCCCGCGCCAUUUUGCUGGACCAAAGAUUUCGCCACUGCGUAUGAGAACAUUGACAGUGAGCACAGGACGCUCUUCAAUGGCCUGUUUGCUCUCUCCGAGUUCAACACCGCCGCCCAGUUGAACGCUUGCAUUGAGGUCUUCUCACUUCAUUUCCACGAUGAACAGGGUCAAAUGAAGAGAGCCAACUAUGCAGGAACUCAGGAGCAUACUGACAUCCAUAAUGGUUUUAUGGACCAGAUGAGGGGAUGGAAUUCUCCAGUCACCCAGAAGCAACUGAUGGAUGGCAUGGCGUGGCUUUGCAACCACAUCCCCACUGAAGACUUCAAAUACAAGGGCAAGUUGUAAACUGGAAAUGACUGACCUCUACUCCAUCUAUCGGAUUGCAUCUGUUCUGUUGACGUCAUAGAUGACUUCUUAUCUUACUGUCUAUGUCAUUGAAUGUUUAUGCAGAAUAUACUAAACUAAAAGAUAUCCUCAGCUUGUUCUGCUAUCUGCUUGACAAUACUGAAUGAAAUAAACGACGCAAUACUUGUAAGCGCA